AUGAUCGCCUUUACCAUCACCCAGUCCGACGGCUCCUCUCGAACCGUCGUCGGCUACAAGUACAUGCCGCCGCGCAAGGGCUACUCGGACCCAGACCAGUUGUUCAUCGUGCGCAACUCGUGGGGCGAGGGCUGGGUUGCCGCUGGCUUCUGCUACAUGCUGGACACGGUCGACGUGUUCCGCGGGGUGUUUGCGCCCGAGGUGCUGGCGUCCAUCACGGGCCGGUUACAGGACGUCAUUGCUGUGGAUGACGAGGUCAGCGGCGAGAAUCAACGGUUCGUCGACACGGUGAUUGAUCGUUGGCAGGCUGGGCCGGCUGCGGAGGAUGGUCAGGUUGAUGACGAUGGCGAUGAUCAAGGUCUGUAUAAUGAGCAGCAGCAGCAGCAGCAUAUGCUCAUGAGCAGGAUGUUAACCGUCAGCAGAGUUGCAGAGGUGAUUGUGUUUGUGCAAAUCACGAAACUUUAUUGA